AUGUAAUUUAAUAAAAUAUUUUUCCGUCCUCCAUCACCUACAUAUACAUCAAAAGAGUUUAAAGGCACUGACAGGUAUUUUGAGAUUCCUUCAAAUGAUAUUAAAAAAAAUAAAAGCACAAGAAUUCCAUGUUUAUUAAUGCCUUAUAUUUUAAAUUAAUAAAAUAUAUCGAAAUAUUAUAUAGUUUAUUUUCAUGGCAAUGCAGAAGACCUUGGAACGUCUUAUGACUUUUUAUAUGAUUUAAGAAAUGAAGCAAAAUGUAACAUUUUACUUACUGAAUAUGGAGGAUAUGGACUUUAUCAAUAAACUGAUUCAAGUGUUAAAUAAAUAGAAUAUGAUUCAGAAAUAGUUCUUAUUUAUAUUAAUGAGGUAUUAAAAACUCCUAAAUAAAAUAUAAUUUUGUUAGGAAGAUCUAUGGGAAGCGGUCCAGCAUGUUUACUUGCUUCAAAAUAUUAAGUUAGGGGGUUAAUGUUGAUUUCUGCAUUUACUUCAUUAAGAGAUGUAGCUAAAAAAUUUGUAGGAAGUUUUAUUAGUAAAAUAGUUCAAAAUGGAUUUCAAAAUAUUGAUUUAAUUGAUAAAAUAUUAUGUCCUAUAUUAAUUAUUCAUGGAAAAAAUGAUAAAUUAGUUCCAGUUAAGCAUGCUCAUUAUUUAGCAGAUAAAGUUAAUAAUAGAGUAACUUAAUUUUAUUAAAAUAAUAUGACACAUAAUGAUUAUGAUUUUGACAAAGAUAUUAAAAUUAAUAUUUUGACUUUUCUAAAAGAAAAAAUGUUUAUCUACUAAGAAGAAAAUGAUCCGAUUUUAUCUAAAUUUGAAGUUCUAAUGUAAGAAAAGUUUAUUUAUAUAUAUCCGGAAUAUUAAUAGUUUUUUACAAAAAAUGAUUGA